GACGCGCGCGUCCGGCCGCCCGCCCCACCGCGGGAUCAGUCGCCCGGCUCGCUGCGGGUGCCAGAUGCCAUGGCGCGCGCGACGGCUGACGACCAGACGCCGGAGAACCCGCUGGGAUUCCUAGACCGCCUGCUGGAGGAGGAGCGCCAUUCCAACCUGCACUUCGGCGAUGUGCGCUUCUGGCGGCACCUGGAGUACAUAGACACGGCGCAGAUCUAUCGGACGAAGUCGCUCGAGUACCGGACGAUGAAGCUCAUGUUCUGUGAGGCGAUAUUCUACUUUGUGUUCCUGUUCGUGCUCACCGGCUUCAUCGUGCAGCAGCGGUCCAGCAGCCUGUACGACGCGCGCGAGCACGAGCUGGCCUUCUGGUCGGGCUGCAG